AUUAAGGAUUAUUCUAAUCAACCAUUGAAUAGAAUUAUAUUAACCAAACGCUGAAAUAUUCUAUCAUUCAUUUGGUACAAUGAAUCUUAUAAAUUUAAUAUAUUUCUCUUUAACUUUUAUAAUUGGUAUAUCAGCCAAACACGUGAAGAUCGUCGGUGGAUAUAAAGUCGAUAUAGUAGAUUUUCCAUAUGCAGUUUCGCUUAGAUAUUUCAAACAGAAUCAGCACUUUUGUGGUGGCUCGAUCAUUAGCGAAUGGCAUAUUCUUACGGCAGCACAUUGUUUAUAUAAGAAGGAGCAUCGAUAUCACAAUAUGAAAAUAUAUACGGGCUCGGUUAGUACAAUGAGAGCGAACGGAACAAAUUUUGACAUUGGAAAUGUUUUCAUUCAUCCGCAGUAUCGCUUGGUACAAUCGGAACAUAUAAUCGAACAUCAUGAUAUUGCCAUUAUCGUGACAACAGCAAUGAUUCAUUUUAAUGAAUUUCAACAAAAAAUAAAACUGCCCAGUACGCCCGUUAUUGCUGAUAAAGUUGGCAUUCUUGUUGGUUGGGGAGCAACAAACUUUAAUUCCACCCAGGCCGCCAAUGAAUUACAAUUCCUAGAAAUGGCAAUAUUUGAUAAUAUGUUUUGCGCGAAAUUUUUGUUCUUUACUUUACAAGAUGAACAAUUCUGCGCCUUUCAUAAUGAAAAUGCUGGCGCAUAUGUGGGUGACAGUGGCACUCCACUAACAAUUAACGAUGAGGUCGUCGGUAUCGUAUCAUUUUCUUGUGGAUGCAAUGAAGCCUAUCCAGACAUAUAUACCAAAAUAUAUUCUUAUUUAGAUUUUAUAAACGAUAUUAUAAUGAAAAAAUAAUUUUUACACUUGUUUUUUACAAACAAUAUCCUACUUGGCUUAUAUC